UCAGUAGUCCGUUCUGUGGUUUCGCUGCCUGCCUCUCCGGUCUCCGGCCACCGUGCUCAUUGCACCCGGCGAUUCCCUUCGCAGCUCCCUCACACGGAGCCGAUCCGGCGGCGGCUGCCUCCCCUCCUGCUCCGGCGACGCUUCGCUCUUCUCAGGAAGGGAUAACGGAGAAAGACAAGAUGUUGCAUCUUCCCUCAGACAUCAUCUACAAGAUCCUGACACAGAUAUCUGAUCCAGCUUCCCUCGUGCGUGCUGCUUCAUCCUGCAAGUUAUGGCGUAAUAUCAUAAUGACCUCUACCUUUCUUGAUGGCCUUAAGAUGCAGCACCUAGGACAUGGUUUUGCCUCGUCCCUCCUCCUAGGUUUCUUCUACCAGGACAAUACCCAGACCUCCUUGCACUUGUGGCAACACUACAUGGAAAAAUGCUAUAGCUUGGAACCAAGCUUCAUGCCCACCUCCUUAUUGUUACAAUCCACUGGCCGGAAAGAGGGCCGCAAUGCAGUCAGACCAUUGUCCCUUGGUACCUUCAUCGAGGGCUUUGUUGCAAGCCUCAACUUCUAUGAGCCUAUCACAUCUCAAGACAGCUUUUUGGUCCUUUGCCAUUGCUCACGAGACGCUGCCACAAUACUGGAUGUUGUAUGCGUCUGCAAUCCUCUCACUGGUGAAGUGUUUCAUAUUCCUAACCUGACAUACACACUAAGAACAGACAACUAUGCUUUGCUUGUCACUGAUGAUGUCAGCCUUGAUGGGCAGAUGUCCCGAUCCUUCCGACUGGUUGCCCUUUGGACUAUAGGAAAUAGGAUCGUCUAUUCCUACUAUUGCUCAAAGACCAGAUCAUGGUGGAAGCCUUCAACUUCUCAAAUAAUGCCUGGUCUCUUUGUACUGUCUUCCUCAGCUUCUGCUGGGCAUGGUUGCAUCCAUUGGCUCUGCGGGAACUUGAAAAGCUCGAUGGUCACCCAUGUUGUCACACUGCAUGUGGACAGAGAAGAGCUAUCACACCUGGAGCUCCCAUCUGAAGCAAAGGGCAAAAAGUUGCUUGCAAAUUCUGCAGAUGGUAGCAUUUUGUUGCUCAUCCUGAAGGACCUUCAGAUGUCACUAUGGAAGCACAAAAUCAAGGGCAAAGGUAACAUUGGAGAUUUUUCGAGGGAAAAGCGGUGCAGUGGUGCUCUGGGUUGAGAAGGAAGGUCUUUUUUUGUUCAGCCUCAGUGACCGAUCGGUGCGGAAGCUUGACAAUGAGCGUGUUACAACAAAGUACCACUUGUGCCCAUAUGAGAUGGAUUGGGUGUCUUGUCUAGUAGUCACAAAGCUCAUAGCUGAUGGCUCAUCGUCUCUGGAUGUAGGAAGGAAGAAGGUGCAAGGGAGAUGGAAUACCUUGAUGACAAAAGUAUAGAAAAGACGCAUUAGCUUUGAGGCAAGACAUGCUGUUAAUCUGGUUUGUGGGUGCCAUGACAAAGAUGGUGUCAUUGUUCUUAAGCCAUUGUCGGUUCAGUUCAGUCUAUUGACGCUGACAUGGUAUUUAAGUAUGUACUCCCAUAUGGCAAGUAUUUCCUCUGUAGUCUGUAUUGUGUUGCAUCAUAGCUGUUCAACCUUGUUUCCCUCCAGGAAUGUGCUAGUUGUUUCCAAUGUAGCACUGCCAUGCUGUGCUUUCUCGGCAAGGGCAUGCAAAAUUAAGAAUGAACUACUUGAUUUCUGUGUCAUACAGAUACAGUGCUC